CUAUUACAUACAAAUAUAUUUGGAUUGCUGAAUUUAAAUAGAAGUUUAAUUAGAUGACUUUAAAUAAAAUGUGUUAGCCAUGAAGUAAAGUAGCUAUUAAGUGAAUAAAAGCUGUAAGCUUCGCACUCCCGGAUUUCAUUUAGGCUCCGCAAUGAUCGCAGUGGAAGCAUCUGAGGUGGGCAAUCGGUCUCCAAAGCCAACUGCACACUUUGAACAUAACAUCAAGUUGGCUCGGUCGAAGGACGAGCUUAAUGGAAAAGUAAUAUCAGCACAAACAGUCACGCCCACUCCUACACCCGCCGAUUUUCAGCCUACCUAUCUCAAAUUGUACGCCAAUUGUCAGGAACAUGCCGCAUUCUUCGCCAAGGAUCACACUGAAUAUGGACAACGGUUGCAUGCCGCACACAUUGCCUGGCAAGAUUUCAUAGUUCUUGCGAAUCGACUGGUGUCGCAAAUCGAGUUAUUUGCUCACGAAUAUGAUUUUGACGAAUUGACACCGGGCAACGGAUAUCGUAGCUUUAUCUACGUAACUAAUGCCUGCAUUAAACAUGGACUCGACAUUUGCCAGCAUCUGCUUGCCACUCGCGGCACACUUUUCUUUCGCAAAAAGUUCUAUAUGAAGGAGGUAGAGGCCUGCUCCCAGUUGCUCUGUUCGAUCUGCACCUGCUUACAGUAUCUGUUGAUACUGCGCCAAUGGUCGGUGAAUACAGGCGAUCUGCUUGCCAGCGGUCGGCAUACGGCUGAACAGCUCUUCGAGUUGGGCGACACCAUCAAUCAGUAUUGUUUCUAUGGCCGCUGCUUGGGUUUUCAGUAUGGCGACUCAAUACGUGGCGUGCUCCGCUUUCUAGGCAUUGGCAUGGCUAGCUACUCGGAAACGUAUUACUCGCAAACAGACAAUAGUAGUAGCUCGCUGUUAAAAACAACUCGCAGCCUCUGGUCGAGCGGUAAAUAUCUUAUGAAUCCGGAAUUACGCGCCAGACGCAUUGUAAACAUUUCGCAGAAUGCGAAAAUAGAUUUUUGCAAGUCAUUCUGGUUUCUUGCCGAAUCGGAGCUAAUGCACAAGCUUCCCAGCAUUGUGGGCAGCUCCAUCAAAGUUAAUCGCACUAUUGAAUUACCCGCCGAGCCCCUUCGUUUGCCAGCACGUGUGCAGCAAACAGAUAACACGUCUGACACCGAGAAUGAACUGCAUUUCGUUGAUAUACCCGUGCCCAGUGCACAUUUAGGACCUGGGCUGCCGGUUUCGGUGCGCCUGCUCAGUGCGAAGCGACGAGCUGGUAUGCUCGGUGAAGGACGUUAUCGUGGCUGGCGUCGCCCAUCGGCACCUUCUAAGUCAAUAUUAUUUCACUGCCACGGCGGCGGUUUCGUGGCGCAAUCAUCAAAGUCACAUGAGCUAUAUCUGCGCGACUGGGCUGUGGCGCUGGAUGUGCCUAUACUCUCAGUGGACUACAGUCUGGCACCGGAGGCACCCUUUCCACGUGCAUUGCAGGAAGUUUACUACGCCUACUGCUGGUUGCUAAACAACGCAGAACAUCUGGGUACUACAGCAGAGCGUGUUAUAUGUGCUGGUGAUUCAGCGGGCGCGAAUCUCUCCAUUGGCUUGGCACUCAAGUGCAUUGAGCAGAAUGUGCGAGUGCCAGAUGGUCUGUUUCUGGCCUAUUGCCCCACCUUAGUUAGUUUUGUGCCCAGUCCGGCGAGGAUGCUGUGUCUAAUGGAUCCGUUGCUGCCCUUUGGUUUUAUGAUGCGCUGCCUACGCGCAUACGCGGCACCUUCCAAUGAAAUGAUGCAGGAGAAUGCCAAGCAUGUGGAGCAGCUGGAGGAAAUACGCAACGCACAGGCGCCCAUGGCGGAAGCGGAGAAGCUGACACAAAGCAUGAAUUCCAGUCGACGCACUUCAACGGCGAAAAGCCCAUUGACGCCGCUAGAGCCACUCAAUCGUUCGGAUGAAGAUGAAAGUAGCGACACAUUUGCCAGUGCCUCUUAUCACAGUCAAACGGUAGAGCGUACAGAGCUGCCCAGCACUGACAAUAGCGACAAUAGCUCCUGUGUGUCAUUCGAAGAUGACUCGCAACCCAUCGAACAUUACCCGAUUGAAAUCUCUGCAGAAAUACCAAAAGAUGCCGAAUCUGCCGCCUAUAUUGACAAUUUUCUAGAUAAGUAUCUGAUUGACACGGCUACUAUAGAAGCCACGGAGGAUAACACGACAACAACUGCGCAAUUGCCACUGGCCAAUGGACACAAGAACAGCAACUCCGAGGAAAACAUUAUAAUUGAGACAGGUCGUGAGAUUAUUGUAGAUACUUUGCCUGGUCGGUUACAAGAGGCUGUUAACAAUAUAAUUAAUCGCUGCACCCAAUCGUAUGAGAUACAUAGCACCGCUAUGCCUGGUCCCCAAGAUGUUCGCAAUUUAGAUGCUUUAAUUGCCCGCAGUCCCAGCGAAGAGUUUGCCUUUGAUGUACCCAAAGAUCCAUUUCUGUCCCCAUACUGGGCCAGCGACGAAUGGCUCUCCCAAUUACCAGAGACCAGAAUACUAACGCUAAACAUGGAUCCUUGCCUUGAUGACUGCGUUAUGCUUGCCAAAAAACUGAAGCGCCUGGGUGGGCAAGUACAUUUAGAUAUACUUGAAGGCUUGCCUCAUGGUUUUCUUAAUUUUACAAUGUUGUCCAAUGAGGCAAUGGAUGGAUCGAAGCAAUGCAUCAAAUCUCUGCAGGCAUUGCUCCAGGCAAGUAAAGAUAACAACGAUGAUAGCACCGCGUACGACGCAACCUCCAGUGCCAGCGCGUGCUCUGCUGCAUCGGCAGCGCCUUAAAAAGAAUAUGUACUAAUCCUUACAUACAUAUAUUA